UUAUAGUAAAUAGCAAUAAUAUUAUUUGUUUUAAGUAUUACUAUUUAAUUCUAUUUUGUUAUCAUACGUCAUCAUUUCAUCAUAUUUUGUCAUUACACGUAUAUCAACUAAUUGUAAUGACCUCUCAGUUUAAAAUAUUAAACGCCACUGAAUUUUGGCAAAAAGAAAAUAGUUUUCCUGCAAUACCUACGUUUAGUCAAAGUCUUGAUAAUGUACUUGGAAAUAAAGGAAUCCAAGUGGGAUCUAUAACAGAACUAUUAGGACUUCCAGGCUCAGGAAAAACUCAAUUAUGUUUACAGCUGUGUGCAUCAGUUCAAAUACCAACAGAGCUUGGAGGUUUGGAUGCUGAAGCUCUAUACAUUGACACCAACACAAAUUUUACUAUAAAUAGAUUUAAAGAAAUACUCUCAGCAAGUAUGGAGAAAUGUCGAAAUAUAUUAAAUACUGCUAAAAGUAACUGUGAAAGUGAUCAUUUGAAGAGAUUGCACUAUGUGAAUGCAUUUGGUCUGGAAAAAUUUUGCAGUUUGAUAUACACUUUACCACAAUUAAUCACUGAGAGACCAAAUGUGCGGUUAAUCAUUAUAGAUUCAAUAACAUUCCCAUUCAAAGACGGUAUUGCACUCAAGCAGCGAACUGGUGUCUUAUUUCGACUAUCUGCAGUGUUACAAAAGAUUUCUGUAGAAAACCAAAUUGCAAUAGUAAUAACAAAUGAAAUGAGCACUCGGAUAGGUUUGUCAACUGGUUCUCUUGUUGGCGCAUUCGGUGAUGCAUGGGCCCAUAUAUGUAAUAAGCGGGUUUUGUUAUCAGCGCCAAAACCUUUAGAAAAUGAGCGAUUUGCAGCCCUAGUCAAGAGUAAUAACUCGCCAGAGGCGGUUGGAAAAUUUCAGAUCACGAUUGAAGGUAUUAGAGAUACUAGUGAAUAAUUUGAACAAACAACACAAAGAAUUAUAAUGAUAUAGGUGAAUACUUCACUAUAUAUAUAUUUUUAUAGAACAGGGGGCAAACGGGCAGGAGGCUCACCUGAUGUUAAGUGAUGCCGCCCUUGGAAACUCUCAAUGCCAGAGGGUUGUGUGAGGGAAGUGCGUUGCCGGCCUUAUAAAAAUUGGUAAUGUCUUUUCUUAAAGGGGUCCUUAGUCGAAUUAUUUCGGAAUUACUUCAGUGGGCAGCUGGCUAAAUAACGCUAAAUAACGCUUAGUUGUGAAACGACGGACGUUGAGGUGAUACGGGUGGAAUUACGUACGUAUUCUGCCUCGACGUCCGAUGAUGAAUCUCAGCUGCUGGAAUGCCGAAGGGUCUAGCUAAAU